AUGGUGGAAAGUUCUCCGCCCUGGGACUCGAAGAAAGGGAAAACUACAGUCCUCAAGGAAGAGCCUCGAGUGGAACUUGAAGAGCAAGUGUCUUUCUCCCCAAGGGUAUUAGAAGAGAAUCUACCUAAAGCGUAUAAGCCCCCUGCUAUCGGAGAAUAUGACGGUAGCAAAGACCCGGAAGAUCAUCUUCAUAAAUUUAGGAAUGCAGCGCUGUUACAUCAAUACAGUGAUGUCGUUAAAUGUCGGGUAUUCCUGAAUACUUUAUCUGGUUCAACGCAGAAAUGGUUUGAUGGACUGCCGCAUGGGUCCAUCAUCUACUUCCAAGACUUCAAGACCACUUUCCUGCACCACUUCGCUAGCAGCAUGAAAUAUCAGAAGACAGAUCAUUGCCUCUUCGCCCUCAAGCAAGGGCCAGCCGAACCUCUGAGGAGUUAUAUUAAACGCUUUAACCAAGUGGCUCAGGAUGCCCCAUCUGCCACUUCGGAAAUAUUAAUGAGCGCAUUCUCCCAUGGAUUGGUAGAAGGAGAGUUCUUCAGAGCUCUCAUCCGAGAUCCUGUGAAGAAUUUUGAUGAGAUGUUGGAAAAGGCCGCCAGUUAUAUCAACGUGGAGGAGGUACAGGUAGCAAGUAGGAAAGCGGACAAAGCUCCUGAGUUCGUCAUAAAUCCAGAAAGAAGGAUGCCCCAACCACCCGCCCAACCUCUUCCUCGCGCCCGGGAAACCUGA